UGGCAGUGACCCUCGUGGGAUUGAAAGCCAGAAUUAAAGGAAAGGGAAUCGCAGGCCGAGAAUUUGAAUCUAUUACUCAUUAUCAUUGGAUGCGUCCAUCAACAUGCUUUUGCUAGACUACCACAACGUCCUCAUCCACUCCCUCCUGACGGAGCGGUUCUCUGGAGCCCCGCCCGUGUCAAUCGACCAGAUUGUUUCCGACUUUGACGGAGUGACCUUCCAUCUGUCUACGCCAGAAUCCAAAACCAAGAUCCUCAUCUCCAUCAACGUGAAAUGCUUCCGGGAGCUUGUCCAGUACGGUGCCCAGGAGGUGCUGGAAAGGGAAUACGGCCCCUACAUUGUCACCCCGGAGCCCGGCUAUGACUUCUCCGUCCUGAUCGAUCUAGAGAAUCUGCCCGCCGAGCAGGAGGCGAAGGAUGAACUCAUCAUGCGCCUGGCGCUGAUGAAGCGCAACGCCAUGGCCGCCCCCUUCGAGAGAGCAUUCGAUGAGUUCGCUAAGCUGGCCGAAGAGGCUUCGAGAUACACGAGCGAGACUGCGCCCCAGGGAGUUGAGGAAGGAGGAGAGGUUAUGGCCAUUCACUAUCGAGAGGAGGAAGCGAUUUACAUUAAAGCCAGCCAUGAUCGUGUCACGGUGAUCUUCAGCACAGUGUUCCGGGAGGAGACAGAUCGCAUCUUUGGCAAGGUGUUCCUGCAGGAAUUCGUCGAUGCCAGACGCCGUGUCCUUACCCUGCAGAAUGCCCCUCAAGUACUCUUCCGAAACGACUGUCCCCUGGAGCUGGCUGGUGUGCCUGGCAUCCAGAACGGUAACGACGGUAGUAUCAGCUAUGUCACUUUCGUCCUGUUCCCUCGCCACCUGACCCCACAGCGACGCUAUGAGAACAUUUCCCACAUCCAGAUUUUCCGUGAUUACUUCCAUUACCACAUCAAAGCAUCUAAGGCAUACAUUCACACUAGGAUGCGCAAGAGGACCGCGGACUUCCUCCAAGUUCUCAACCGGGCGCGGCCCGAGAACGAGGAGCGAGAAAGGAAGACGGCCAGUGGCCGUACUUUCAGGGUUCAGGGAUAGAGAGCUGGCUCAAGAAUAUAAUCUUUGUAAAUUGCAGGCGAGGGGUGACAUACGCACAUGCAUAAGUUGAUUUUAUUUUUCCCUAGGAUGUAUAGGUUGUCGAGCAUCAUAAGUAUUUUUUUUUCUUUUCU